CGCUGGCGGCGCAAAGCAAUGACGACAUUAGCCCGUGUCGUCGCCGGGAUUUGGAGUCUUGGUGGGGCCACGCGCCGUGGCAGACUUGAGAGAGACUUUUCAUGAAACACCUACUCUGCUGAUCCUGAUUCUUAAGAAAAGAUUCAGGAAAAACCGUUAGAAAAAAAAUGUCAGAAAUACCAACAGAAAAUGCAGAAGGGCCAACAGAGGAUCUGCAGCCCACAGUUCCUGACACAGGGGAAAAGGUGAACUCAGAUGAUAAGCAAAUUGAAAGAGAGGACUCGGGACCAGACAAGACAGAGUGUGUUGAAACUAUGUCGAAGAGACAAAGGAAGAAGCUAUUGAAACAGAAACAGUGGGAAGAACAGAGAGACAUGCGUAGGCAGAAGCGAAAAGAAAAGCGCCAGAAAAGAAAACUAGAACGUCAGUCUCAACCAGAAUCUAACAAUGAAGGGAGUGACAGAAAGCGUAUGCGUCAGGAUAUUGUUCCUAGCAACCUUCGCCUUAUUGUAGACUGCAGUUUUGACAGUCUAAUGGUAUUAAAGGAUGUCAAGAAGCUUCACAAGCAAAUUCAGAGAUGUUAUGCAGAAAACCGCAAAGCUUUGCAUCCUGUACAGUUUUACUUGACCAGCCAUGGUGGUCAGUUGAAAAACAAUAUGAAUGAAAAUGACAAAGGAUGGGUCAACUGGAAGGAUAUCCACAUUAGGUCAGAGCACUAUAGUGAACUGAUGAAGAAAGAAGACUUGACAUAUCUUACUUCAGAUUCCCCUAAUAUACUGAAUGAACUGGAUGAAACCAAAGCCUAUGUGAUUGGAGGGCUGGUGGAUCACAAUCACCACAAGGGGAUCACUUACAGAAAAGCACUAGAAGAGGGAAUUAAUCAUGCACAGCUCCCUCUCGGAAAUUUUGUGAAAAUGAACACCCGGAAAGUGUUGGCAGUUAACCAUGUUUUUGAGAUCAUCCUUGCGUACUUGGAGAAGAGAGACUGGAAGGAAGCAUUUUUCAGUGUCUUGCCACAGCGGAAAGGAGCUGUUCCACUGGGUGAAGCCAAUGAUGACUCAAAAUGCCUACUGCUUGGGAAGGAAGCUGCUGAAGAUGAUGACUUGGACAGUGACUAGGCCUUGGAAAAAGUGGGCAGGAACAAAAUAGACCUGUAGCAUAAGGAGUAAAAACAGGACUUGAAUUAUCUGAACAAUCUAUCAUAUUAAUGCUGUGUAACUGUUAAAGUGGCUAUGCAUAAUGCCAUUUUUGGACAAUGGGUGUAGAAGACUGAAUGUUAUUUUUACCUUUUGGAAUUUUUUGUUUUUAGUAGCUUUUUAUAAACUAAAUUAACAGCAAAAGCAGAAUUUAAUUUUGUUUCCUAAGGAAGCUAAUAUUUAUUUUUUUCCUUUUAAAAAUUUUAUUUGAUAUGUCCAGAGUAGUUGUAUUGUCUUCUCCUGAAGCUUGUGACAGAAGAUAAUGAUGAACAUUUUCGUAAUAAUUGUGUAUGAAUACCCCUGUUGUUUUUUUUUACCCAUCCCUGCUCUGCAGAAGUAGCAAAUGUUAAUGGUUUAGGGAAUCUCAAACCCAAUACCAAUAGUGCCUGUUGCAAAGUAUGAAUAAUUGGAAAGAUAGCAAUGAAGUUUUGGUUUGUUUUGUGGUUUCUUUUUUUCAGUAGGCAGAGUCAUGUUUCCAUAGUCUCUGGGAACAGCAUUGGGAGCCAGAAUGCUGUCUUUAGCAAGUCACUCCACUGCUCUCUUGGCAUACUUGUCUACAAAAUGAGGAUCCUGUUUUCUGGCAGUGGGGCUUUAUUAAUCACAUUGUCUGCUAGGUGUUUUGGUGACAAAAUGUCAAACUUCUCUGGCCUUUUGAACUUGUAUCUCUGCUCAUGCUUUUUUUGGCAGUGGCUUCCCUGCUUUUUAAAAGAGAUGCAAAGACAGCCCUGGAGAUGGAAAACCAUUUUCAGACCUGCAAAGCUGUUUUCCCUGACCCUUCUGCUUGUACGGUUUAGAAGGCUGCCACUUUUACCUUUUAUGAGUUUUGGGAUCUUGCUAUUUAUCCCCUGAGAGCUAGAUUAUAAUCAGUAACUUUCCAAAUACAAUGUGGAUGGUUGUAAAUUUUGGUCAGUUCUGACCUGGAUUUGAACAGUCAACAUAAAUAUGACCAGCUUUGCAUCAGGUUCCAGCCCUCCCUUCUCUGUUUCCAUUGUUUAAUUGGGAGUUGAAGUAGAAUAUGUUUACAUGUACAGGUAACUUGCAGUUGUACAGAUCGCCAACAAACUGACUUGAAUGGUUGUGUGACUUAUUAAAAAUAAAUGGGAGCACAGUCAUUUGCCAGUUAACUGUGAUGAAGUUUCAUGUGCCAUAAGGCACUGUCUGCAGUUUACUACCCAGCUAAAAUAUUGUGAAGUCUGGAAUGCUCUAGAGCUCUCAGAAGCUGGAUAAGACUAGACAAAAGCCAUCUUGCUUGUUUUAAGGAACCAAAGAAAUAUACAGCAUAAACAAAGUAAUUUUGCAGUUAAAUACUGAGUUCCUCUCUUAACAAAUGUGUAAAAUGGCAAAACUACAAAGUAUUACAGGCUUUAAUGCUGCGGUACUGUGUGUCACUGCAUAUAGCAUCUAUUAAACCUGAUCCUAAGAA